AUGAUCUUUAACGUUCCCAGAUACCUCUUCCUGGCCGGAUUGCUCCUCAUCAACCAAUCGCUGGCUGCAUCCUGCAGCGUCUGCGACGGCAAGCUCCGAGAAGUCUCGUACAGGGUCGUCAUCUGCAACGACCCUAUCACGUGUGAUAAGGGGGACACCCAUGGGACUUGCACGGCCACCAAAUACGUAAGCUCGAUGGUGUGCAAAAAGUGCAACACCCCUUCGAUCGUCGAAGAAUGCGAACAAAAGGAUUCCCACAAUCGGCUCGCUUGUACCGCACACCCAAACACUCCCCCUUUCUGGACCGGCAAAUUCCGCGGCUGGGACGGCCAGAGUGAUUGA